AUAAAUAAAACCUCAUAAACGCAAAUUCCUAAAAUGGGCAGGCUAUCAUCCACCGUUGAAAUCUCCGAUAGACGAUACAUCCCCGACCGCCAAAACAGCCGUGACACACCCGAGUUCGACUCCCCUGACUACCGACGCCACCGUGAACGUCGCAGUCCCUCUUAUCAAAACUACGAUGAUCGUCACCGGGAAAUCGAUCGCGGCCGACGCCGUCGCUCUAGCUCACCCGAAUACUCAAGAAGUCCUAGAAGAAGAACAACAAGAAGAAGUCCGAGCCCUAGGUACAAAGAAACCCUAGAUCAUUCUCUCCCUAAAAAAUUCGGCAAGGGCCGGUCCUUUCUUGAUAGGAAUGGAAGGGAAUCGGACGAGGAAUCCGAUGAGGAUUUAAAAGGAUUGAGUUUUGAGGAGAUGAGGAGGCUGAAGAGGCAGAAGAUGAGGAAGUCUAUGAGGUAUUGUAUUUGGAAUAUUACGCCAAGUCCUCCGAGAAGGGACGAUGAGGAGGAAUUGGUGGAGAAAGCGGACGAGAUAGAGAAGUACAGAGAGGAUGAGGUAAAGAGCGAAGAUUCCAGCGGAAAAGAGAAGGAAAAGGCGAAAUCAGAGUCGGAGAAUUCUGGGAGUGGUGAGUCGGAGAGCAAGUCUGAGUUUGAGUCAGAUGACUCGAGGGAGAAAAGAGAGAGGAGGAAAUCAAGUUCUAAGCGCAGGAGGAGGAAUAGUGAUAGUAAAUCAGAUGUGAGUGGGAGCGAAAGUGAGAGUGAAUCAGACACUGAAGAAGAUCGGAAACGGGGAAAGAAGUCGCGGAAAAGUAUUAGUAGGCGGAUCAAGAGUAGUAAGAGUAGUAGAAGAAGAAAGAGUAGGAGGAAGAAGAGUAAGUAUAGUGAUUCUGAUGAUAGUGGGGGUGAGGAGUCCGACUCUGAUGAUGAUCGUGUAAAGUCUAAAAAGAGGAGGCGUUCUUCAGGUUCGCGAUCUAAGGGGAGUAAGAAGAAGAGAGGUUCUGAAACAGAGAGUGAGAAUUUGGAUUCCCUUGAGAAUUCUGGUUCCGAGAAAAAUAAAGCAAAUGAUGACGAGGCUAACAAGGCUGAAGUUGACGUUGAGGCAUUGAUGUUUAAAGAAAUAAUCGAGGCACAAAAAAAACCUGCUUUGGAAAAUGAACCUGUGGUUGGGCCAAUGCCGUUGCCUAGAGCUGAAGGGCAUAUUAGUUAUGGUGGAGCUUUGAGGCCUGGUGAAGGUGAUGCUAUUGCACAGUAUGUGCAGCAAGGGAAACGUAUUCCACGUAGAGGUGAAGUGGGUCUUUCUGCGGAUGAGAUUCAAAAAUUUGAGACUCUUGGCUAUGUGAUGAGUGGCAGUAGGCAUCAGAGGAUGAAUGCCAUUCGUAUUAGGAAAGAAAACCAAGUUUAUAGCGCUGAGGAUAAGCGGGCGCUGGCCAUGUUUAACUAUGAAGAGAAGGCAAAACGUGAGCACAAGGUUAUGGCUGAUUUGCAGCGGCUAGUGCAGCGCCAUAUUGGGCAGGAUGUUGGUCCUAGUCAUGAUCCUUUUGCUGCGAAAGCAUCUGACGGUGCUGAUGCUUAGGAGGUAUCUGACCUGCAAGAGAAAUUCAAGCAAGCAAAUGCUAGGAACCUGUUUGUGAUAAGACCAGUCGUGAGAAUGUCAAUGAAGAUUUCGAACAUGUUUGGGAACGCGGUGCAAACCGUGUUUUCAAAAAAUUUUAAUAUUUUUUUUGCUAAAAUUUAAUAUGGUUUGUACGUUUUGGAUCGUUUUGAUGUGCUGAUGUCAAAAAUAAUUUUUAAAAAAUAAAAAAAUAUCAUUGGCAUGUAUUUCGACAUAAAAAGUUAUUUGAAAAGCAACCGCUACCGCACUGCAAGAAUCCUCAAUCAUUGGAGGACAAAUAUGUGCAGACGGAAGGUGAUUUGUUUCUACAAUUUGAGGGAGUGGGCAAAGGCCUGCUUCCUUUUCAUUUUACUAUUACGUUUAUCAUUAAGUUCAUUGUCACUUCGUUUUUUACCUUUCAACUGACUGUUCGAGUCAAUAAUCGCAAUCUAUUAGGGGAGAUGAGAAACAUGCAUUUAUUUUUUAUUUUAUUUUUAUAUUAUGAUUUACGUUCCAUGUCA